AUGGCCAGCUCUAGCACCCCAGCUACAUCGACAGCUCCAAAUACAGUCCCUAUACCGAGCGAGGAGACGAUUGCCAGAAAAUUCGAUAACUGUCUCGCCGACCUCAUUGUCAACGCUGGUCUCGGUUUCGGUGUCGGUGUUGUCGCUUCCGUCCUUCUCUUCCGACGCAGGGGAUGGCCAGUGGCUCUUUCAACCGGAUUCGGUGCGGGGGUCGCUUACUCGAACUGCAACUACUCGCUUAACCCAUACGUCCUACCCGGUACCAAGGUUCUCCCAGCAAAGCAAUAG